CCCCCCACGCCCGUUGCUGCCUCAUCCCCACGCGACCCGCGCUGUAACGCCGCUUUGCGUACCUACGACUUUGCCCUCACCAAGUACUGAUUGUGUUGAUAUUUGCUGUGUAAGUGUCAUAAGUAGUGUGGGUACAAGUGAACGGCAGGAAGGCGACAAGCUUUGGGCGGAGUGGACGGUGUUAUGUCUGACGGAGAAGUUGAUACCAAGCCAGUCAAAAUGGGUGAAGGUGACGAAGAGACGGUUGUGAGGGUGAGGGGGCUCCCCUGGUCAGCUACUGUGGAGGAUGUUCUAAAGUUCUUUGAUGGUGUAAAUAUUAAGGGUGGACGUGAUGGCGUCCACUUGACACUUUCCCGAGAGGGUCGGCCCAGUGGGGAGGCCUACAUUGAAGUGGCAUCAGAGGAGGAUGUUGCUUUGGCUGAAAAGAAACACAAUCAACACAUGGGCCGAAGAUACAUUGAAGUAUUCAAGGCCAAGAAGUCAGAGAUGGAGUGGGUGGUGAAGAGGGCUGGGUUUGGUGCCUCGGGUGGGGAAGAUGACGGCUGCGUACGCCUCAGAGGUCUGCCUUUUGGAUGCUCAAAGGAAGAAAUUGCUCAGUUCUUCUCCGGGUUGGAGAUAGUUCCGAACGGGAUAGCUCUGCCUACCGACUACCAGGGGCGGCAUACAGGGGAGGCAUACGUUCAGUUUAUAAACAAAGAGGUCGCAGAAAAGUCCCUUGAGAAGCAUAAGGAAAAGAUAGCGCACAGGUACAUUGAGAUCUUCCGGAGUAACCUGGGUGAAGUGCGGGCUGCCAUGAGCCCUAAGAUGCGUGGUCCUGGAGGGCCCAUGGGAGGGUACAACAGCAGACCUACUCCAUACGACUCCAGGGAUAGAUUUGGAGGAAUGAAUCGGUACAGCUUGGGUGGUCGUGGACGUACCCAUUUUGCUUCAGAGGGUGGUUACAAUGACUAUGAUGAUGGCCCUGGCUGGGGCGGCUCGGGUGGCUACAAUGAUGGCCCCGGCAGCUGGCUGAGUGGGCGGGGCGGAGGCCGAGGAGGUGGACCAGGCGGCCUCAAGGGUAAUUUUGGGGGCCGAGGUGGGAACUGGAACAACGGAACUGGCCAUUGCGUCCACAUGAGAGGCCUGCCCUUCAGAGCAACAGAAAUGGAUAUUGCAGAUUUCUUCCGGCCCCUGAACCCUGUCAACAUCAACAUAAUCAUGGACAGUUCAAACCGUCCCUCUGGAGAAGCAGACAUUGAAUUUGCCACUCAUGAUGAUGCUGUCAAGGCAAUGAGCAAGGACAAAGCAAACAUGCAGCACCGAUACAUAGAGUUGUUCUUGAACUCUACUCCCGGUGGAAACAUGGGAGGCCCAGGUGGACCCAUGGGUGGACCUGUGGGUCCCAUGGGUGGUCCUGGCUCUGGCAACUUCGGAGGAGGCGGUGGUGGCGGCAACUUCAGCAGUGGCAACAUGGGCGGCGGGUUUGGUGGGGGCUAUGUGGGGGGCAACCGAAUGGGGGGAGGUAGGUGGUAGUGGCUAUGGCAACGGCGCUGGCGGUGGCGGCAGCGGCGGCUACAGCUCUCUGGAUGACGGCCUGGGUUCAGGCAUGGGGGGAGGCAUGGGCAGUGGCAUGGGGGGUGGAAUUGGCGGCACCGGAAUAGGCAGCUUGGGAAGUGGCCUGAGCAGUGGCCUCGGCAGCGGCCUAGGCAGCAGCCUUUCGGGUAGCCUCCGGGGCAUGGGGAGUGGGCUAAGCAGUGGACUGGGGAGCUCCAUGGGCAGUGGGAGCGGCGGCCUGGGUGGGGGUAACGGAGGGAUGGGGGGAGGGGGCGGCGGUAACUUUGGAUCAAGCUUCAACAACGGCUUCAACUCAAACAACGGCUACGGCCCCGGCGACCAAAUGUCUGGCAGUAACUACAACAGCUUCUGCUAGAGAGAGGAAUCUCGACCUGAUUAGAAGAUGCUUUUGGACAGUAAUUAAGUAUGAUUCUACUUAUACUGUAUAGCAGUGCAUUAAAUUUUUGUGUGAAGACUUAAACUGUAAGAGUAUUCUAUUAUUUUUUUUAUAUAGUUAACUUGCAUCUUAAUUGUGUAGUAAUCAUUUGUUGCCGGUUGGUGGGUAGCAUGACAAUAGUGGGCUGUAGUUGUUGGACAGGAAAUAGGCACCAUUUUUACUGUAAGGCCGCCAAGGGGUUUGGUCUGAUCCUGGCGGCUUGCUCGGAGCAAUUUUGAGAUUUGAAAAUUUAUGACAUUCCAUUUGAAGGAAACUAAGAUGAUGGCAGGCGAAACUUUACAAGUAAUUGUACUGUUUAAGUAUAUAAAUAAAGAAAAGAACUUAU